AUGAUUGCAGCUGAUCGAUGCAUAAGGGAGCAACUUGACAAACACAACAUGCGCGCCGGCAGGCAUGACCAACAUGCGCUUCUACAAAGCACUCGAUCCCGCGACAGCCCCCGCUGGUUCCUCAACGCCACCGAGUUUGGCCACUUCGACUACUGCAACCUUCUCUUCCAGGCCGGUGGCCAAACUGCCGCACAGCAACGCUCACCGACAGUUGGCGCCGUUAAUCAAUGUCUUGCUAGCGUCGUAACCGCGCUGAACGUCAUCGGCAAUCCUCGAAGCGAAGGAGAAAUCAGCAUCGAUAAGUUUACCCCGCAGCAACAACGAACUUACGAAGAACUUCAGGAACUUGCGGAUGUUUUGAGGACUGAAACCAGCGGCACUGAGAAGAAACCGUCAGUUGUGAAUGUGGUCAAGGACCUGAUGGCUUAUCGGCGGUGCAUCGUAGAAGGUGGCGAGUCUGCCUCGCCCAGCGUUGGCACUACUCCAGCGAUGGCACCGUUCACUCCCGCGGAUUGUUCGGAGCAGCCGGAGAAGACAUCGGGCGUGUACACCAUCUACCCCAGCGGCGCUGCCGUCCAAGUUUACUGCGACCAGACGACGGACGGCGGCGGCUGGACGGUCUUCCUGCGGCGCCAGAAGCAGGAGCCUCAACUCAACUUCAGUCGAACCUUCAAGGAAUACGAAGAAGGAUUCGGCAGUCCCACUUUGCUGAAG